ACGGCGGGGCGGGGCCGCGCGGGGGCGCGCAUGCGGCGUGGGUGCGAGCGUGCGGUCCUGCCGCAGAGGAACUGUAUUUCAAGAAUCUUUCAAAACAGAAACAAAAAGAAGUCAUGGAGAAGAAUGGAAACAACCACAAACUACGUGUUUGUGUUGCUACUUGCAACCGUGCUGAUUAUUCAAAAUUAGCUCCCAUUAUGUUUGGCAUUAAGGCAGAACCACAGUUCUUUGAGCUUGACGUUGUAGUGCUUGGUUCCCACCUGAUUGAUGAUUAUGGUAACACCUAUCGCAUGAUUGAACAAGAUGACUUCGAUAUUCAUACAAGACUGCACACUAUUGUGAGAGGGGAGGAUGAAGCAGCCAUGGUGGAGUCAGUGGGCCUCGCAUUAGUGAAGUUACCAGAUGUCCUGAAUCGCCUGAAACCUGACAUAAUGAUAGUUCACGGUGACAGAUUUGAUGCUUUGGCACUAGCCACAUCUGCAGCCCUGAUGAAUAUUCGCAUUCUUCACAUUGAAGGCGGGGAAGUCAGUGGGACCAUUGACGACUCUAUUAGGCACGCUAUAACCAAACUGGCCCAUUACCAUGUGUGCUGCACGAGGAGUGCAGAGCAGCAUUUGAUAGCCAUGUGUGAAGACCACGAUCGCAUCCUUUUAGCGGGCUGUCCCUCGUAUGACAAGCUUCUCUCUGCCAAAAAUAAAGACUACAUGAGUGUUAUACGCGUGUGGCUAGGUGAAGAUGUCAAACCCAGAGAUUAUAUAGUUGCUUUGCAACAUCCUGUAACCACAGAUAUUAAACAUUCCAUAAAGAUGUUUGAGCUGACUCUAGAUGCACUCAUCUCCUUCAACAAGAGAACGCUUGUUCUGUUCCCCAAUGUGGAUGCAGGAAGCAAAGAGAUGGUUCGGGUGAUGAGGAAGAAGGGCAUUGAACAUCAUCCCAAUUUUCGGGCAGUGAAGCAUGUCCCGUUUGACCAGUUCAUUCAGCUAGUCGCUCAUGCUGGUUGUAUGAUUGGUAACAGCAGUUGUGGUGUCAGAGAGGUGGGAGCAUUUGGUACACCUGUUAUCAACCUGGGGACACGUCAGACAGGAAGAGAAACAGGUGAAAAUGUUCUUCACGUUCGUGAUGCUGACACACAGGAUAAGAUUCUGCAUGCUCUGCAGCUUCAGUUUGGUAAACAGUACCCAUGCUCAAAAAUAUAUGGAGAUGGAAAUGCUGUUCCAAGGAUUUUGAAGUUCCUCAAAUCUAUCAAUCUCAAAGAACCAUUGCAAAAGAAAUUCUGUUUUCCUCCUGUCAAAGAUAAUAUCUCUCAAGAUAUAGACCAUAUUCUAGAGACACAGAGUGCUUUGUCUGUGGAUCUAGGUGGAACAAAUCUCCGAGUAGCAAUUGUCAGUAUGAAGGGUGAAAUAGUUAAGAAGUACACCCAGCUCAACCCUAAAACUUAUGAGGACAGACUAGAUUUAAUUCUAAAGAUGUGUAUAGAAGCUGCAUCAGAGGCAGUAAAUCUGAACUGCAGAAUUUUGGGAGUAGGUGUUUCCACCGGUGGACGGGUAAACCCUCGAGAAGGAAUUGUGCUUCACUCCACAAAACUCAUUCAGGAGUGGAGCUCUGUGGAUCUCAGAACCCCAAUAUCUGAUGCUCUGCACCUGCCAGUCUGGGUGGACAAUGAUGGAAACUGUGCGGCUCUAGCAGAAAGGAAAUUUGGUCAUGGAAAGGGAAUAGAAAAUUUUGUAACGCUCAUCACUGGUACAGGAAUUGGAGGUGGAAUCGUUCACCAGCACGAAUUGAUCCACGGCAGUUCUUUCUGUGCCGCUGAGCUUGGGCAUAUUGUUGUAUCUCUGGAUGGACCGGAGUGCCUGUGUGGUAGCCAAGGAUGUAUAGAAGCAUAUGCCUCUGGCAUAGCAUUGCAGAGAGAAGCUAAGAAGCUGCAUGAUGCGGAUCUGCUUUUAGUGGAAGGAAUGUCAAUGAAGAAGGAGGAAGUUGUUAGUGCUGCACAUCUCAUUCAGGCAGCUAAACUUGGGAACACAAAAGCAGAAAGCAUUCUCAGAACAGCUGGUACAGCAUUAGGCCUUGGAGUUGUGAACAUUCUACACACCGUGAACCCCUCUCUUGUGAUCCUUUCUGGAGUCCUAGCCAGCCACUAUGUUAAUGCUGUCAAAGAUGUGAUACAGAGACAGGCUCUGUCCUCUGUUAAAACUGUGGAUGUGGUGGUCUCAAAUCUAGCAGAUCCUGCUCUUCUUGGAGCUGCUAGCCUGGUACUAGAUUAUACUACACGUAGAAUAUACUAGGUACCUGGAGGAAUUACAGAAAUGGACUGUUUAAAUUAAUAACGGGUGGAGGGAAUACUUUGCCCAAAUUUUUUUCUUUGACCAGAGCAGCUACAGAAUCAGAGUAAUGUUCUGAAUGGUUAGUGACUACUUCAACAUUUCCUAAUUAGGUAUUAUCUUUUUGUAUUUUUUCUAAAUUUCAUUUGACUUCAGAGGAAUCAAUGUGCAAUUCUGUAGUUUUUAAUCACUUCUCUUGGCAAGCCCAGAUGUUGCUUUAAGUGUACCUGAAUUAUUUAUGAGCAUAUAUUGAUGUACGGUAGGGAGUAUAUGUAUUGUGUCAAAUUUUAGCUAAUACUUGGGGAUACACAUCUCAUUUCCCACCUGUGCGAAAUGAGAAGUCUACAGUGUGACCAUCUUUUUUAUUUCCAGGCUUCCACCCACAAAGUAAAUACGAGAUAAUCACCAACAGCAGGUGGUAGUUUCAGUGGGUGGAAACAAGGGAGGGUGCCUCCACAAACGAAAAAAGCUGCAUUUAGAAAUUGUGGCUUUUGAAGGACUUGGAGGAGACAAUUAUUUAUUACAUCAUCUUUAGAGGGCAGAGUCCCAUUUUAGAAGCUUUGCAUAUGAAGGAAAAAGACCACGGUCUAGUGAGCUUACAGACUGCCAAAGCAGUCCAAGCAAACUGACAAGCAUAGCAAUGAGCAUCUUUGUGUUCUGGCUUUAGCCAGCAGUAAAUUAUUUGAAUUUUAUUGUUGGGGUUAAUUUUAUUUUAUUGGGUUUUCUCAAGGGACUUAGUCUACCACUUUGUCUCCCAAAUUAGCAGAAAGGGGACUUUAUUUUGUAGUGGCCAGUUAGCUAAAAUCCAGUAAUGUGGUACAGCUGAGCGUAAAGACUACCUUUUGAGAAAUCUCAUCCACUGCAGAGUGACAUGGUGCAUCUCCUCAGCAGUGCUGGUGGCUGCAGGUACGAUAUUACUGUCCUGCAUUCACCAUCAUCUCACAGGAUGGAAAGUCAAAUCUGAGCCUCAUUCUCACGUUCAAGGCAUCCACUGGCCUUGGAGCAGAGUAUAUAAAUACCAGUAAAGGCUUGCUGCGGUGAUUCGUGGUUUGUAUCACGUAGUGAAAGUUUCUACAGGAAAAGUUCUGAGCGAGAGAGAGAGUGGGCUUUUCUGGGACCUAGGUAGAGGCUUAAGAUCACACAGCAUAGUCCUGUUCCACAUUUAAGGAGGGCGGUUUCUUUAACUAGUUCUUCUUGAUUCAGUGUUCUGUCCUUAUCUAUCUGCUUUUUAGCGCACUUUCAAUUUAUUCUAGUAAUGACGAUUACUUCACAGAAGGAGAAACUGAGAAACAGAACAAUCUAGCUGAUCAGCUGUCCCAGAAAGAAGACACCUGCCAGAGGAACAGCCUUGGGUCCUUCAUUUAAUGACCUAAACCCUCUGCACCACAGUCUUUCACAGAACCAGCGAGUAUGGAUACACUGGCUCUUAGAGCCUCCUACAAGUUAGCAAAUGGUUGUGUCACCAAGGUCUCUUAGUGUUCCUUUUCCUUUAUUUACUUGCUGAAUCCCAGUAACUUCAAUACCAGAGCAGUAGCUCCAUGAGCAAGUCGAGGAAAAAAUCUGCUUUGCUGCACAGUGAUAGCAUCUCGUGGCAGGGGUAACAGCACUGAGGCUCUAACAGAGAGGAUCGCUGUUGUUUGACCUUUCCAUCCUCCUACCAUCACAAGGAAUGUCUGUUUAAAAGUGGGACCAGGCUUUUGCUUUUCAGACCUCCUGAUGCAAAUAGCAUUUUGAUAGCUCAGACUCCAGACAUGUUUUUUCCCUAGCAGGCGACGGGAUGUUUGAGGCAGUGAGAAAAUAUGACAGGUAUUUGAACAUUUUAAAAUAUUUGAAAAAAAUAAUCCUAAACAUCUUUAAAGUCUAUUCUCUUCAAGAAAAUGGUUCUUCAAAUGCUUUUGAAUUUUUUUUAUUUUUUUUCUGGCAACUGAACAAGAACUUGCUGCAUGGGGCAAGUGGUGUAGAAGUCCUUGGUUUUCCCUGAGACAUCUGUGGGUUUGUAAAAUUAAAAAAAAAAGAAGUUCAUAUUUAAGAGUGUAGUAGUGAUUUAUUUUUUUUUCACUUUUUUAUUACUUCAUUCCAUGUUCAGAAACAUUCCCCCAU